AUGGUGCGCAGUCCUGUAGGUGGCAGGGCCGGUGCCCAGUACUCUGACACGUGACAGGCGCUCUGUAGGGAGAGAUAAGACAGCUGUAAGUUAGUGGUGUGUGAUAGCGCCAUCCUCCGGCGACCCUGAGCUCACACAGCCAGCUAAGCAGCAGGUGAGGCUGCUGUGAGGUCCUGUCCCCCCAACCCAGGUUGGCACAGAGUUUAUGCUCCCCAGAGAUUCAACAUGGACAAGUUGGAAGGUUAUUACUUCUCUGCUCUCUUCAGCGGUUGUUUUCUACUCUCCAGUUUACUGUUCUCUAAACUUAACAGAGAGCAGAGGGAUACGUACAUGGAUGAGAUCUUCCACAUCCCCCAAGCCCAGCAUUAUUGCCAAGGACAGUUUAAUCUGUGGGAUCCUAUGAUUACAACUCUGCCUGGCCUAUAUCUGACAUCUGUGGGCAUACUGAAGCCUACUACCUGGCUCUUUGGAUGGAGCGAAAGUGUUGUCUGCUCUGCUGGAAUGCUGCGGUUUAUUAACCUUGUAUUCAGUCUUGGCAACCUGUACGUGUUUUAUUUAAUUAUUUGCAGGAUACAUACAAAGGUUUCAGCACUGAAGAGAAUUUUGUGUACCCUCACUUUAUAUUUGUUCCCCACUCUUUAUUUUUUCACAUUCCUCUACUACACAGAUGCUGGUUCCACAUUUUUUGUCCUUUUUACUUAUUUAAUGUGCCUGUACGGAAACCAUAAAAGUUCAGCACUUCUAGGGUUUUGCGCCUUCUGUUUUCGCCAAACAAACAUUAUAUGGGUAAUGUUCUGUGCUGGAAACGUUAUUGCAGAGAAGGUGACGGAAGCAAGGAAGGCACAUCUGAAGAAAAACGAUGAAAAGCCCUCCCCAAAAGAACCACUUUCUGAAAUAGUUGACACUCUAAAAUUUCUUGUCUGUUACUCGUUGUCUUCAAGGAACCUACUGACCCUUUUCCUGUUAACCUGGCCGUACAUCAUUCUAGUUUUGUGUUUUCUUGUUUUUCUUAUAGUGAAUAGUGGGAUAGUACUAGGAGACAGAAGUAAUCAUGAAGCCUGUUUUAAUUUUCCACAGCUGUUUUAUUUCCUUGCUUUUACAAUGAUCUUUUCAUUCCCCAUAUUCCUUUCUGUACAGAAAAUAAGCGACUUUAUUAGGUCAGUGUGGCGACGUCCCCUACUGUAUAUAACACUAGCUUGUAUCUCUCUGUUUCUUAUUUGGAAAUUCACUCACGUCCACAAAUAUUUGCUUGCUGAUAACCGCCACUACCCAUUUUAUAUAUGGAAGAAAAUAUUCCAGAGACAUGACUUGGUAAGAUACCUGCUUGUCCCUGGAUAUCUAUUUGCAGCUUGGAGUUUUGUGGAUGCUCUCAAGUCGAAGUCCAUAUUGUGGCUCCUUAUGUUCUUUGUAUGCAUACUAGCUGCCACAGUUCCUCAGAAGCUGAUGGAGUUCCGUUACUUCAUCUUGCCAUAUCUAAUCUUCAAAUUGAAUACAUCAAUUCCAUCUGUAAGUAAACUUCUCCUAGAGCUGGCACUUUACGUCACUGUCAAUAUUCUAACAUUCCAUCUCUUUUUGAAUAAAACGUUUCAUUGGCCAGAUAGUGAAGAAACGCAGAGAUUUAUGUGGUGAGCGAAAGGUUCAAGACCUAUGUAUCUAGGACAGAAAUUAUUUAGGCUAUUUGGAUAUAUGCUGCAGUCUUCGGUUUAAGAAGUAUGCAUUGAUUGAGGAGGAGAAAUAUAAUUUUGGUAGGAAUUUCAGAAUUGUUUGUAGGCAGUCCUUGCAAUCAUUUAUUUUACAUGGAACUUUUUGUACUAGAUAUAUGUAUUCACCACUACAAUAGUUUUUUUGUUUUGUUUUUCUAAGUAAAUGAUCAGCAUUUUUUUUAUUGUACUUUCCCAGAAAACCCAGUUGUUUAUGGUUUUACAGCAAAACUAGUCACAGAUUUUGUAAACAUUUUUGAGUGGAGUCAAGUGAUUAGAUAGUAAUGGGUAUUUUUUUAUUAUCUUUCUUUAGUACGUUUUGCUUAAACAUAAUUUGAACCAGUAAUGGCAUUCAUACAGUCUGUUGUAGUUUUAUUUUGCCUUUUUCUGCUAGGACUUUAGGUUGAACACUAGGUGGCAGUCUUUCCUUGUGGAUGCCCAACAUUCAGCGAAAUUAGGUUGUCAACAUUCCUCAUUGUCUGGUGUAAAGAUAAAUACAUGUAUUUUCUUGUUGCUUAUUGUUGAAAUAAAGAUUUAUUUUUGUAUUAAUAAAAUGUUUUCAUUAAACUA